AUGGCUGUCAGUGUUCAGAUGAUAUCCCAAGCAAUGGAACAAGGUGACACUGCCAAGGGCAUGAGUACAGCUAGAGAAGGGAAGAGAUCUGAGGACCCAGUGAGGACUGAGCCCCAAGGUGCCCUCUGUGUAGAUGAUGAUGAGAUGAGGAGAAUUCAGGAAAGAAGUGAGAGAAAUACUGGCCAGUGUGGGAGAGCAGCUGCUGCUGCUGGACACAAGCCCUGCAUCAUCAACCGACUCUCCAGGGCCACGUCAGUGGCAGCGUCUGUGAGAGACUCUGCCUCUAUACUGCCUUCUCUACUGAAAAGGCAGGUGGCUAUGUCUGAGGCUAUCCGAGUGCUUCACACUUGGGCGCCUCAGAUGAAGGGCUUGAGGCGGGCCCUGGUGCGAGGACUUUCACGUGCCAGGUUGGGGAUCCUGUUGUUCUUGGCACUGAUUUCUCUGCCAAGCCUGUACUGUGACCUGGGCUCACUAUAUCACUCUUCCUAUGAAAUAGUCAUUCCCAAGAGUCUGACAGUGGAAGCAAGGGAAGACCAAGCGGAAAAGCUCUCCUAUAUGCUAUUUAUGCAGGGCCAGAGGCAGCUGAUUCACCUGACAGUGAAGAGAGACUAUUUUGUGGAUAACUUCCCGGUCUUCAGCUACCACAAUGGCAUCCUGGGGCGAGAGAUGCCUCUCAUCUCGCAGGACUGUCACUACGAAGGCUACAUAGAAGGAGUCCCAGGUUCUUUUGUUUCUGUCAACACCUGUUCAGGCCUCAGAGGCCUCCUGAUUAAGGAGGACAAAUCCUAUGGUGUUGAGCCCAUGCUCUCUUCCAAACGGUUUGAGCACGUGUUGUAUGCCAUGGGCCACGAAGCUCAAGUCUCCUGUAGCGUCACGUCCAAGGACAGCCAAGUGGUGUCCACCAGCCAGCAACCACAGAGGGCCAGGCCUCACAGCUUGCAGGUGCCAUCCGACUUGUGGUCACGUACCAAGUACGUGGAGAUGUUUGUCGUGGUCAACAACCAGCAGUUCCAAAUGUGGGGUGGUGACGUCAAUCAGACAGUCCAGAGAGUAAUGGACAUCAUAGCUCUGGCCAACAGCUUCACAAGGGGAAUAAACACAGAGGUGGUGCUGGCUGGAAUGGAGAUUUGGACUGAGGGGGACCUCACAGAGGUCCCCAUGGACCUGCAAGUUGCACUCAGGAAUUUCAACAGCUGGAGACAAGAGAAGCUCUUCCAUCGUGUGAAGCAUGAUGUUGCCCACAUGAUCGUGGGACAGCAUCCUAAAGAGGGUAUGGGGCAGGCAUUUCUCGGUGGUGCCUGCUCAAGUGAUUUUGCAGCAGCUGUGGAAUCCUUCCACCACGAGGAUGUCCUCCUGUUUGCAGCACUCAUGGUCCACGAGCUUGGACACAACUUGGGUAUUCGGCACGACCAUUCGGCCUGCAUUUGUAAAGAUAGGCCCUUCUGCCUCAUGCGUGAAAACAUCACUAAAGAAAGUGGCUUCAGCAACUGCAGCUCUGACUCCUUCCACCAGUUCCUCUGGGAACACAAGGGGGCCUGCCUGUUUAACAAGCCUGGGCACAAAGGCCGCUUACGGAGGGAUUCGAACUGUGGAGAUGGCAUUGUAGAAGGAGAUGAGCAGUGUGACUGUGGUAGUGCAUGUGACGUGGACAAAUGCUGUGACACAUCAUGUAAACUGAAGCCGACUGCACUGUGUUAUCCUGGACCCUGCUGUAAUGCUACAUGCCAAUAUGAACAAACUGGACACAGUUGCCGUCCUGCUUCAGGAGAAUGUGACCUUCCAGAAUUUUGUCUUGGUACCUCUGGGGAGUGUCCCCCAGACACCUACAAGCUCGAUGGUUCACUAUGUAAGGGUGCUUACUACUGUGUUCAGGGUCAAUGCAGGUCUGCUGAUGCUCAGUGUUCUGAAAUGUAUGGGUAUCCGGCAAAAGCUGCUUCAGAAGACUGUUUUCGGUCAUUUAAUGGAAAAGGGAACAGAUUUGGAAACUGUGGUAUUCCCAGUGCCGGUGGCUCAGCAUAUACUAGAUGUGAAAAUGAGAAUAUAUUUUGUGGGAAAAUGAUAUGUACAAAUGUUCAAAGGGUACCAGAGACUGAAGUCAAUUAUACAUUGCUUCAGACCCCUUAUGCAGAUGACUAUUGCUGGUCCAUGGAUCUGUAUGGUGUUCAGGAUGUCCCAGAUUCUGGAGAUACAAAGAAGGGCAGUCUUUGUGGCUCACGGAAAGUCUGCAUGAACUUCACUUGCUCAGAUGUCAGUGUUCUUGGGUACGACUGUGAUAUAAAGGUAAAGUGUAACCAGAAAGGAGUUUGCAACAAUAAAAAGAACUGCCAUUGCGAUGAUGGUUUUUCCCCUCCUGACUGCAAAAACCCAGGAAGUGGUGGUAGUGUGGACAGUGGCACCCCUAGUUCGGUUAAUAGCGGAACGGAGUCUGAAGGUGGCGGAAAUGCUACCGCUCCCUCAGCCACUAAUUCUAUCGUAGGCACGUUAACCUCAUUAAUUGCAUUAUUUUUGAUCUUAUUAUUACUACUUAUAAUUCUUUGUGCCUGCAUGUGUCGUAAAAAGGACAAAGGAGAAGCUGCUGAACCAAAAGAGGAACCAGCUGUCCCAGCAGCGGCUCCCGCGGCAGAGGCUCCCGCGGCAGCAGCUGUCCCGGAAGAGGCACCUCCAGAAGGGGAGGCCGAGGAGGAAGAGGAGGAAGAGGAGGAAGAAGAGGAAGAGGAAGAAUCAGAGCCAUAAGACAAGCAAUGGGAGAAAGAAGCCUAAUACAUCAAACACCUCAAGCACUGAGUGGGAACGACAGGCUCACUGAAGCAAAGCUAAAUGGUGGCCCCCUUAUGAUGAGAGAAUCCCCAGAUCGCCCAUUUGGAAGAAGCUGAAUAGGAGAGAUUAAAGAAAUGAUUUUAUAGACCUGUUUCCUCACCACCGUGAUGAGGCUUUGGAUUGCAGAGGGAAUGCAGAGUCUGAACCAAUGGACCACCAGAGAAGUCCUGUAUAACAUUUUCUAAUUCAUUCAUCCACUGAUAGAUGACACCUAAGUUUCUUCUAUGUCUUGGCAACUGUAAAUAAUGCUGCAAUGAACAUGGUGGUGCAGAUAUCUUUCUUUGUUGACAUUUUUGUUUCCUUUGGAUAAAUGUCCAGAAGUGGACUGCUGGAUCAUAUGGUACUUUUAUUUUUAACUUUUUGAGGAACCUCCAUAAUGCUUUCCAUAGUGGCUGCACCAGUUUGCAUAGCCAUCAACAGUGUUCCUUUUUUUUCCAAAUCCUCGCCAAAACUUAUUUGUUGUCAUUUUGAAAACAAGUGUGAAGUGAUAUCUCAUUGUGGUUUUGAUUUGCAUUUCUGAGAUUAGUGAUGUUGAGCACCUUUUCAUGGACCUGUUGGCCAUCUUUAUGUCUUCUUUGGAAAAAUGUCUAUUCAGAUCCUCUGUCCAUUUUUAAAUUGGAUUUUUUUUUUUUUUUUUUUGCUAUUGAGUUGACAAAGUUCUUUUCAUAUCUUGACAUUAAUCCCUUAUCAAAUACAUGAUUUGUAAGUAUUUUCUUCCUUUGGAUAGGUUGUCUUUUCAUUUUGUUGAUGAUUUCCUUUGCCAUGCAGAAAGAAGCCUUUUAGUUUGAUGUAGUUCCACCUGUUUUUGCUUUUGUUACCUUGGCUUUUGGUGUCAAAUCCAAAAAACCAGUGUCAAGGAGCUGACUGUCUAUGCUUUUUCUUAGGAGUUUUAUGGUUUCAGAUUUUAUUUUCACAUCUUUAAUCCAUUUUCAGUUAAUUUUUGUGUAGGCAUAAGAUAAUGAUGCAGUUUCAUUCCUUUGCAUGUGGUUGUUCCAUUUUCCCAACACCAUUUACUGAAAGGAUUGUUCUUUUCUGACUGUAUAUUCUUGGCUUCUUUCUUGUAAAUUAAUUGAUUAUAUAUGUGUGAGUUUAUUUCUAUUUCUUUCUAUGUAAGAGCAUUCUAUUCUGUUCCAUUGAUCUAUGCAUCCAUUUUUACGCCAGUACCAUAGUUUUGAUUACUACAACUUUGUAAUAUAGUUUGAAAUCUGAGUGCAUGAUGCUUCCAGCUUUGUUCUUUUUUAUCAAGACUGCUUUGGCUAUGUGGGGUCUUUAAAGGUUUCAUACAUAUUUUAGCAUUGUUCAUUCUACUUCUGUGGUAAAUGUUAUUGGAAUUUUGAUAGUGACUGCACUGAAUCUACACAUUUCUUUGAGUAGUAAUAUAUAGACUUUUAACAAUAUUAAUUCUUCCAACUCAUAAGUACAUUUAAUAAAGGGUUAAUAUUUUUCCAUUA